AUGCACAAUCCGUCCCAUCCGCUUUUAUUUAUGUGUGUAAACAUCACGAAGUGCGGCAAAUCUGUUAAUUUUACAUUUACAUUUACAUUUUUUUUUUCAAACAUUAAAAAUGUAAUAUUUUUUUGUUUAUUUAUGUUUUCCUCUUUGUUUCUCUUUCUUCAGUUGCAUGACGUAAGCCUGUGCACUGAUUUAUUAUUUUAUAUAUUAUUUUAUGUUAUGUUAUUUUUCUUGUUUUUUUUUUCGUGUUUCCACGUUUUUACGUAUUAUUUCCGCGUAAAAACUUUCCAAAAGCUGUGUGGAACAAUACCUUUUUUUUUUUAA